GUGAGGCUGCAGCGUGGAUCCUCGCUCAGCUCAAAUCCUCCGGUUGGGCAGCUGCUUCUGGGAAAUCGCGGCAGAUAGGAGUUUGGGGAGGACGGUGACUCAGCUACGAUUCUCUCAAAGGUCGCCCUCCCCCUGGACUUUGAAAUGCUUUACAUGAUCGGUUUGGGCCUGGGAGAUGCGAAGGACAUCACAGUCAAGGGGCUGGAAGUUCUAAGACGCUGCAGUCGAGUGUAUCUGGAAGCCUAUACCUCAGUCCUGACUGUAGGGAAGGAAGUUCUGGGUCAAGAUCUGGGGCUGAGCUCAACUUCACAGGAGGAGUUUUAUGGAAGAAAAUUGAUUCUCGCUGAUAGAGAAGAAGUGGAACAGGAAGCAAAUAAUAUUUUAAAGGAUGCUGAUAUCAGUGAUGUCGCAUUCCUUGUAGUUGGUGAUCCAUUUGGAGCUACAACACAUAGCGAUCUUAUUCUGAGAGCAACAAAACUGGGAAUCCCUUACCGAGUUAUUCACAAUGCUUCCAUAAUGAAUGCUGUAGGCUGCUGCGGUUUACAGUUGUAUAGGUUUGGAGAGACAGUGUCUGUUGUUUUUUGGACAGACACUUGGAGACCAGAAAGCUUCUUUGACAAAGUGAAGAAGAACAGACAAAACGGCAUGCACACGUUAUGCUUACUAGACAUCAAAGUAAAGGAGCAGUCUUUGGAAAAUCUACUCAAGGGAAGAAAGAUCUAUGAACCUCCUCGUUAUAUGAGUGUAAACCAGGCAGCCCAGCAACUUCUGGAGAUUGUUCAGAAUCAGCGAAUACGAGGAGAAGAACCAGCAGUCACCGAGGAGACACUCUGUGUUGGCUUAGCCAGGGUUGGAGCUGAAGACCAGAAAAUUGCAGCAGGCACUUUGCAGCAGAUGUGUACUGUGGACUUGGGAGGACCAUUACAUUCCUUGAUUAUCACAGGAGGCAGCUUGCAUCCACUGGAGAUGGAGAUGCUAAGUCUGUUUUCCAUACCAGAAAGUAGCUCAGAAUCCCAAAGCAUUGAUGGACUCUGAACAUAGGCAUUUCUAUUGUUAGAUGUUAAUUUCAGUUACAUAUGCACAUACACAUAUUUGUAUAACAAAUCAACAGGUCUUUUGGUUUACCUAAUGAGUAUAAAACGAGUGACCAAGAAGAAAGAUGCCGACUCGACAAUGCUUGGUUUCCUUUGGCGAUGAGUUUUUUCCCUAUGAUAUCAUCAGUUUUUGCUGCUAUUUUGGCAGUUUUUCAGGAUGUACAUACAUGGAGCAGACCAAGCUGGAAAACUUACAGAUAGACAUCCAUUGACAGAAUCAUUUAAAAGCAACUUUUGUUUAUGAAAUCAGUUUAUAGAAGGUGGAACUUUCUUCUUUCUUAAAAAGUCAGAUGUCCUGACUGCAACAUAAGUUGUCCUGACAGCAUUUGGUAUUAAUGCAUAUAAACAGAGGUGGGAAGAAUAAGUCCCCACCCAACAGUCCUACUUACUUAAAGCUCAGCUGAGCACAUGCCACAAAAUGACAUCCUUUUGAAUUGCCUUGUCUUGUUUAGCUGACGUCCUAAUUAUGUGCCUCAUAUUCUGCUGUAUUUUGGAGGUUAUAUAAUUGUUGAAUUAUAAAUGUUCAGCCAGCCAUGUACAGUUGCUGUUUGGUUUUAAAUAGCAUCUUUCACAUCCAAGCUGACAAAUGGAAAACUUGCUGACUACAAAAUAAAAUUUUUAAAAAUUUAAGUUUGAAAACAA